AAUCAAAUUUACGCAUCAGCUGCGGUGGGUGGCAGUUCAAAGAUACAAUGCAGCGCGUCGAAUUGUGUUCUUUUUAAUUCGCAAGAAAAAUUUUACAUCUUACUAAAGAAAGUUUACAUUCCUUAAUAUAAUCUGAGACGGCAUUUAGCAGUCGACGUGUAAUUAGUUCAAAACUGUGGAACUGUGGUGCUAUCAAAAAAGAAUAAUAUUUUCAUUGUUUGCGUGGGUGACAGACGCCGUCGCCAAGGACAUUCUCUCGGUGCAUCCACCCGCACACAGUGGAGCAACGAACGAACGCAGUAGCGCUAGAAAAUGUUGGAGUGGUCGUUCAACCUGUUUCUGUCGGUGUUUCUCAUUCUUGGGGGUGUUUGGUUGGCUGGGCGAUUCUUUUUGAAGGAAGAUGUAGUGUACAUUCCGGACGGCAAGCGCCGUCACGCCUGGAAGUCGGUACGGUUCCAGAAUCGCGCUUGCUUCUGUUCGAUUUGUGAAAUUCUGAUGUCCUCGAAUGGGGUCUUCUGUGAGAACUGUGGCGUGUGUUCGGACAAUGGGUGCAUCCGGAAGGCGGAUAUAGAAUUUCGAUGCAAGGAGCUGCGCAUCCGGAGUCGAGCCGACGACGGAAAGGAAAGCCGCCAUCUAUGGGUGAAGGGGAACUUGCCACUAGCUUCCGAAUGCUGUGUAUGUGCGGGAGAUAUCGAUCAGAUCAGUGAACCGGGCUUGUACGGUCAGCGGUGCGCCUGGUGUCAACGGUCGGCCCAUGAUAAGUGUUUCAGUGAAGUUUCCAAAUCGUUGUGCGACUUUGGCGAGUUCAAGAGUAUGAUAUUUCCUCCAAAGUGCAUUCUAGCUGCACGCUCCAAGGGGGCUCCGAAAGUUCAUUUGACCGGAAUCAUUCCUCCGGAAUGGAAGGAUCAGUGGAAACCGCUGAUCGUGGUUGCCAAUUCAAAAUCCGGCAGCAGCGGAUCCUUAGAAGUAGUAGCUUCAAUGCGUGGAAUCCUGCAUCCGCUACAGGUUUUCGAGCUGGAAUCUCAUGGACCACAGGAAGCGCUUCAGUGGGCGAUCUACGCGGCACCGGCCACGUGCAGAAUUUUGGUAGCCGGUGGUGACGGUACCGUUGGUUGGGUUCUGAAUACGUUGCUUCAAAUGAAAGUUGAACCCCUGCCCGAAGUGGCAAUUCUUCCACUAGGAACGGGUAACGAUCUUUCUAGGGUACUCGGCUGGGGUGCAGAAGGACCGGAUACAUUCGAUGCGAUCGAAUACCUCCGAAAAAUCGAGACGGCCGAGCCGGUCCAGCUGGACCGAUGGCUAAUGGAGAUUUCCGUGCAGCACCAGAGUCGGUUUCACGUGCCCCGUUUCCCGUUCAGGAGAAGCGUUUUUGUGUAUAAUUAUUUCAGCAUUGGUGUUGACGCACUCGUGACGUUGAAUUUCCACAAAGCGAGAGAUAGUUCGUAUUAUUUGUUUAGUAGCCGAUUUAUAAACAAGGCUUUAUAUUUGUGCUACGGGACUCACCAGGUAGUCCAACAGGACUGUGUUGAUUUAGAAAAGAAAGUGGAACUAUAUCUGGAUGAUGUCAAGAUCGACUUACCCGAGCUACAGUCUAUAGUUGUACUUAAUAUUGAUUCUUGGGGAGCCGGAGUUAAACUGUGGGAGAUGAGCAAAGACUCGCCGACCCACGGUGGUGGGAGUGAUAUGCGCGAGGUGCACAGCAUUUCCGACGGCAUCCUGGAGGUGUUCGGUGUCGUGUCAUCCUUCCACAUUGCCCAACUGCAGGUCGGUUUGAGUAGGCCCGUGCGGCUAGGGCAGGCCCGCCGUGUGAAAUUCAAACUGCACGGAACGCUGCCGGUGCAGGCCGAUGGGGAACCGUGGAUGCAGACACCCUGUGAUAUCAGCAUUGGACACUGCGGCCAGGCAACGAUGCUGCGCAAUGUCACCCAGUGAACGAGUGGGGGAGAGGAAUUGACGCAAGGUAAGUAGCGCGUCGCACUCUAUAUCCAUAGAAACCAAACCACGAUAUUCAAGCUAAUGAAACGCGAAUCUUUAGUCAGUCUCACCGAUAAAUACAAUUAUAUUAUAGGAACAGACUUAAUAAUUAUUAUGCCCCACUAGAUGAAUUGAAAUAUCUCGCAGAGAAUAAAAUUCUAUACUAUUGAGAUGUUGAAUUGAUUAGUCGUAUAUAGUUAUAAUAAAUAAAAAUCACCAAUUGGAGUCAUUUUCAUAUGUUUACCUAAUUGAAGUGAUAUUUUGUGUAAUUUAUAAUGCAAAGUAGAUAAGGUGUCUUUAAACCAUUCAUAACAAAUGUCAACACGUUUAUAUGAAAACCAAAAACUUAAUGCUUUUACUAAUUAGCAUUAUAUUUGUGUAUAUGUACUAUUAUUAGUCAUUAAGAACUAAACGGGAACUGUAGAUAAGUCUACGAACAAAUUUUCAAACAUAAAAUCAUGACGAAUGUUAGAUAUUUUUGAUGUAUAAAUUAUGUACUUUGUAUUAGAUCUGAGCAUUAUGAGCGUGCAUUUUUUCUUAUUGAUCUGCAUAAGGAAAUUAUUUUUUGCAUUUUAAAUCUAAGUCUUACAAUUUGUGUCAAAAAGUCCUGACACGUUUAAAUUGCGAACGUAUACCAAACAAUACAAACUACCUACAAUAUCGAUCAAAAA